AUGGCUAUUUCAUCGGAGUGGGCAUGGCUUCCAAAGGAGCUCCUUGAUUUGAUUCUGGACAAGGUGGCAUCACCCUUUGACAAGGUCCGGUUUGGUGCCGUCUGCAAGUCAUGGGGCAUAGCGGUGAAAGAGCGACGACGCCUAAAGACCCAAGUCGCUCAAACUCCGAUGUUGCUGAUUCCCAGCAAAGACAACAUCAAGAAAACGCGGAGUUUAUACAGGAUCACUGACCGAAAAAUCUCUGGUGUUAAACUCCCCAUGCCUCACAAUAGAAGAUGUUGCGGUUCUUCCUUCGGUUGGUUGAGCUAUGUAACCGAGGCUUCUUUCAUCACCCUCUUUAACCCCUUCAGAAACGCGAAAAUUCAUCUUCCACAGCUUCAAAAACUUAGAGGCUAUAGAAGGUACGGUAACAAGUACGAGUAUACAGUCAAAAAAGUUACGUUGUCCUCAGACCCCGCUUCCACUCCUGAGGACUGCCUUGCUAUGGCAUUAUUUGGUGAAUUUACCGACCUGGCUUUCGUGAAAUUAGGUGAUGAAUCUUGGACUUAUGUGGAAGAGGAUAGAAUGUCAGUGUACGCUGAUGUUUUGUAUUUUAAAGGCGGCCAAUUUCUCGUAAUUGAUCAUCGAAGUGGGCUUGUAUCUAUUGAUGUUAAUACCAAUCAAAAGAAGAUACUUGCGCCGGCAGACUUAGAUUAUACUGAUCGGACAUAUCUGGUGGAAACAUCUGGUGGAAAUUUGUUGUUGGUACGGAGGUUGAUCGAUUCUUUUCCUUUUGGGCUUUCGUGUCAAGGAAUGACUAGUUGUUUUGAGGUGUACAAGCUUGUGCUAGAUGAUGAAAGUGGAAAGGUGGUGGAGCGGGUGAAGGUGAAGAACAUAGGAGAUGAUGUCUUAUUCUUGGGAGACAACCAGUCCAUAUCUGUUUCAGCUUUUCACUUUCCAGGCUGCCACCCCAACUCCAUAUAUUACACCGAUGACUACAUCGAUACUAAACCAUACUACCCCAAUGGCCCGAUUGACAUGGGUAUUUUCAAUUUGGAAGACGGAACCAUUCGACCUCACUACAAACCAGAUCCUGCCCACAAGCAUAAGUCUCCCCCAAUUUGGAUACUACCGUCUAUGUUGUAG